AGCCGGUAUCGAUCUGGGUCUCCAGAACAAAACAGCGCAAAAACUCUGAACUCAGAUUUUCCAAGAGCGGUGUGUAACUAACCUGGAUCUGAGAGAGGCCGGAAUUGUCAUAAGAACUACCGCUCCCAGAAGGCAGCGCGGAAGAAGGGCGGUAGUAGAAAAGGACUUCCGGACGCCGAUGCAGGCCUUGUCAGCGCGACACACUGAGCAAACAUGACGAAGUUAACACAGUGGCUUUGGGGACUGGCUCUCCUGGGCUCUGCCUGGGCUGCCCUAACUAUGGGAUCUCUGGGCCUGGAGCUGCCUUUCCCCUGCCGGGAGGUCUUGUGGCCACUGCCUGCCUACCUGUUGGUGUCCGCUGGUUGCUAUGCCCUGGGCACUGUGGGCUAUCGCGUAGCUACAUUUCACGACUGCGAGGACGCCGCCCGAGAGCUGCAGAGCCAGAUCCUGGAGGCCCGAGCUGAUUUAGCCCGCAGGGGGCUGCGCUUCUGACACCUAAACCCAUUCCAGUCUGGACAUCUUUCCUCAUUCCCCAUUAAAAUGCAGUUUUAUUUUCUAA